AAUCUCGCACAGUGGGCAGGCACGCACACACACACCCUUUCUUGAGGUUCUGGGAGCAGUGGCAGCUGCGGUGGUUACCGUUGAAAGACAUUGGCCGUUGACUGGAGUUAGCUGUAGCCCUGUCGGUUGAAUGAAUGGAUGCUCCAACGAGCCUCUUAGGAUUGGAUUCUCGUAUUGGAUUUUCACGAGAGAGGAGGAGGAUAUCUAUUCUGGGAUUUGUUAUAUUUCUAUGCGCUCCAUCUUUUUUUUUCUCCCCACCCUUUCUUGGUGUGGUGUCGUCGAGGACGAGCGGGUCUUGCGCGGUGGAUUUGGCCUCCGCUACACUCUGCAAUCUAUAGAGUUUUUCUGUGGAGGUCGGGGUAAAGGGCGCUAUUCUUUCUCCUUUUUUCCUCAAAGGGGGGGCUCUUUUGUUUUCCGGGGCUCGGCCAAGCGAGCCCUAUAGUUCCCAUGGUGAAUUGAGCUAUUGUGGAGAAGAGCCUCGACAGCUAAACUGCCGAUUCUCUACUCCCCUCUUCCCCCUCCUCCACAAAAAAACUCCAUUCACCUGAAUCAACCCCCCUCCAAUCUUCUUUUCCCACACCUCCAUCUCUCCUCGCCAUCCUCUCUCCUUGCCUCCCAUGCCCCAUUUCCUUCAUCCUUACCCCUGCCACCCCUCCCCUCCCGCAGCAUAGCGGCUACGUAAUGUGCCUCCCGACGCAUGCGAACAGGGAUGCUACAAAUGGUGGUUUGGACUGAUCGCUGACAUAAAAAAGGGUGAUGCCUCGCGCAACCAGCACCGCCUCCGCCGCAAUGGAUCAGCCUGGGAAAACGCAGCAGAUGCCAAUCCACCGCAGUCUGGAUUGAGGGGCGGCUGUAGUAGUUUGCCUGUGAAUGAGAAAACGUGCGUGUGUGUGUAUACAAGCGUUCACGCUGGUCCUCCGUCAUGUCUCUCGCCUGAUACCUUGCACCGGGCAUCCUUGAUGAUUUUUAAAUUUAUUUUUAAUUUAAGGUUUAUUUAACUAGGCAAGUCCGUUAAGAACAAAUUCUUAUUUACAAUGACGGCCUACCCCGGCCAAAUCCGGGCGACGCUGGGCCAAUUGUGCGUCGCCCUAUGGGACUCCCAAUCACGGCCGGAUGUGAUGCAGCCUGGUGUGGGGGAGGCACUAAGCCUCUGGUCGGCCUCCCCCCGAACACAGUAGUAGCCCCGUGGCAAGCCGCUUGCCCCAGGGGUCGCUAUGAAAAAGACCCGCAGCACUAAUUUGCGGCGGGCCUGGCCCAGUUCGGACCUGUCCGAGCGGCUGCCGGAGCGCACCCGCUCCCGGAGCGAGAAGGACUUCCGUCUCCAGCAGAAACACCACCACACUCCCACUCCUCCACCCCACAUCUCACCAGGUCCCCCCCGGGGCUACCAAAUGCCAGGUGAUGUGUCUCCCAUCAGCAUGUCUCCUAUCAGUCAGUCCCAGUUCAUCCCACUGGGGGAGAUCCUGUGUCUGGCUAUCUCAGCCAUGAACUCUGCUCGCAAGCCCGUCAACCAGGAGGCCCUGAUGGAACACCUCGCCACAUGCUUCCCAGGUGUUCCAACACCGAGCUCUGAGAUUCUGCGACACACCCUAAACAUGCUGGUGCGAGAGAGGAAAAUCUACCCAACACCUGAGGGCUACUUCAUUGUUACUCCCCAGACCUACUUUAUCACCCCCAACCUCAUCCGAUCCAACAGCAAGUGGUACCACCUGGACGACUGGCAGCAGCAACAGCAGUGUACCUCCCCACAGUCGGGCACCAUCACGCCCUCCACCCCGGGCUGCGUGAGGGAGAGGCCCAACCAGAAGAACCACGGGGACUCCUACAACACGUACCGCGAUGAUACACCCAUCCCUCAAGCCCCCACUUACCAGAGGAAGUCUCCCAAGGAGCCUCGGGGAGACCCCCCCUCCUACCCUCAGCCCCCUCCGGCUCCCGUUCAGAUACCGACGUCACAGUUGCUAGAUCCUUUGACGGACAAGAGCAAGAGUAAUGCCCCCUUCCCCUACAAGACCGACACACUGACCAAAAAAAAGGAGGGUGGUGGCGGCAGCAGUGCCGAGAAGCAGUCAAAGAAGUUUGGGCUGAAGCUGUUCAGGUUGAGCUUCAAGAAGGACAAGCUGAGGCAGCUGGCCACGUUCUCGGCCCAGUUCCCUCCCGAGGAAUGGCCCCUCCGUGAUGAAGAUGCGCCUGCCAUCACCAUCCCCCGCACUGUGGAGAUGGAGAUCAUCCGGCGGAUCAACCCGGACCUGACGGUGGAGAAUGUGGCGCGCCACACGGCCGUGAUGAAGAGACUGGAGGAGGAGCGUGCCCAGAGGAGAAAAGCAGGCAGCUCGGCUGAGCACAGUGCACGCAGCCGGAGGAGUCGUGGUCAUCGUCGGGUGCCGCACGGCAAGUCCCGUUCACACAGCAAGACGCGCGCCUCCCGGGGCGACCCUUCCGAUAGUUCCAACCUGGACAUGGCCAUGGUAGACAGGGAUUACAGCCGCUUCUUCAGCCACUCGCUGGUGCGCUCCCCGCGUGAGGCCAUGUACACCUUGGAGCGCAAAAGAAGUGGUGGGACUUACGUAGUCCACAGCAACCCCAACAUCACAGAGUCCCACUUCCCCAUCACCCCGGAGUGGGACGUGUCUGGGGAGUUGGCGAAAAGGAGGACAGAGAUGCCUUUCCCCGAGCCCUCGCGCGGGACGUCCAGCGGGAGAGUGCACCGAAGCCACAGUCACACUCAAGAAGGAAGGAAGUCACGCGACGAGCUGACCGACCAGGCUAAGGAAAGGUCCCGCUCCAUGGAUAACGCUUUGAGCCCUCUGGACGGAAUGGGCCCCUCCUCUUUGGGGAUGUCAGAGGACUAUGAGCGUAGUCCCGAUGAACGAAGUCGUUACUACACAGACGAUGGGACUUUGCGGGCCUCCCAGAAGUCACCCCACUAUUCAAGAAUCAUGUUCUCGGCUGCUAAGUUCAAUUCUGAAAUGUGUGCGCCUGAUGUGGGGAAGGGGAGCCUGGGGAAGGGGAGCCUGGGGAAGGGGAGCCUAGGGAAGGGGAGCUUGGACGAGUCUAGGAUCCGAAGCCCACUGGAAAGGAAUAAGAGCAGAGACAGCUUGCCGGCCUACAGUGAUCUGAAGGGACUCUCGCCCAAGUCCUCGGCGGACGACUACUUCCAGUGCAAUACGUCAAACGAAACAAUCCUUACCGCCCCUUCACCUCUGUCAAAAGCAGACCACGACACGUUAACCUCGUCUGAGGGAAUCCGGAAGGGCACUCCAGCCGAUCGCCACACCCCUCACCUUACCUCUCCCCUCACGAUGGAAUACAAAGAGGACUCUUUGGCAAAGGGGCAAAACGGCUCAAACCGAUCAACACCAAGCCAGACCCCAGAGCCCAUGACUAACGGACGUUUGACACAACACCAACACAACGUAGACCCUGGAGGGGGAGGCGGUGGUGGCGUGGCAGACAAGAGGAAGGAGAUCUUCAGCAAGGACACUUUGUUCAAGCCUCCACACAACACAUUGACUGCAGGCUACGUGGAGGGCACCUACACCAAGUCGGGCACCCUGCGAAAAACCACACACAUCAAAUCAGCCGAGGUCCUUGACAAUCUAGAGGCCCAGCAGCCUUCGAAUUCAGCAGCUUCCCCCGCUUCCUCCGUGGUCCCCCAGGGCUCCGAGCCAGUGGUCCCGUCAGCCUCCGAGGCCGCCUUUGACUACUACAAUGUGUCGGAUGAUGACGAGGAGGUGAUGGCGGAGGACACAGCGCGGAAGGAGUUAGUGGUGGCAGAGGGCAAAGGGCACGGGGAGGGUGGGGGUGGAGUUGGAACCAUGCAGUGGCUUCUGGAGCGGGAGAAGGAGCAUAAUCUGCAGCGCAAGUUUGAGACUAACCUCACGCUGCUCAGCCCCAAGGAGACAGAAAACAGUAGCAGCCAGAAGUCAGCGCAUUCAGCACGUCUGGAUAGCAUGGACAGCAGCAGCGUGACUGUAGACAGUGGAUUCAACUCCCCAAGGACACGUGAAAGCCUGGCUUCCAACACGUCAAGCAUCAUGGAGAGCAAUAGACGACAGAAUCCAGCAUUGAGUCCGGGCCACAUGGGCACCACCAGCAACGGUCCGCCGUUCAGCUUUCGCGCCAUUCCUGAACCCCCCCGUACUGCACAGCCUGAGAAACUGCAGAAGUCUUCAACUUGCCUGGCGUCCAUCACCAGCGUCUGACCUGAUAUACAGACUGACAGACAUCAAGGCCUGAGAUGGAGGAGGUGGAUUAUUAAGGUUAUGGUAGGGACCGUUGGGGGUAAUGGGCGGGGGGGUGGAGAAGGCAGAAGUUGGGUCACGUUGUGCCCCCACCUUCUCCUCACCCAUCCACACACACAUGUCCACCCUCCCUCACCCAACCCCCAGAAAAUCCAACUACUACUGGGACUGUUAACCUCACAGGCAUGGCUUCCAGAGACUGUUCCCACAGCUUCAAAAACUUCACUGCAAAAAACAAACAAACAAAAUGACAACCAUGAAAUAACAAAAACUAUCCUGACCAGAUUCAUUUUGUCUCCCAUUGCAAGAGAGCCGAUCAGGAAUUAUCUUGAUAUGGAUUAUAUCAACUUUGAUUUUUUGGGGGGGGAUUUCCAGAUUCCUCAGUGUUGGUAUUAGAGAAAUGUUGAUACAUUUAGGAUUGGAGUCACAUUUGGGAAAAUCUAUACUUUUACAUGUUAUUUCUAAUCCAUGUCCAAUGAAAUGUUUUCUAUCAAGAAUUAGAAAUAAUUUAUCAGGAGAAUUAUCAUAUUUGUAUGUUGAUGCACAGUGUUAAAAAUAAUGAAGGAAGAGAUGAGAAGGUGGAAAGGCAAAAUGUCAGAGGUUCCGAUUUGUGUAGCGCAAAGCAAAAUAGGCUAUUGUAGUUCUAUCCAUACAGUAUAAUUUAUUCAUAAGUACAAUAAUGUAUACUCAAAUCUUUUUUUUUAUAUUUAAAUGACCAAAAUGAAAUCGUUAAAACGAAUAUUGACAAUUUAGUAAGGGAAAACAGUUGGUUUACAUUGUUAGUUGAAUUAUUAAGUUUCCAUCCUGAAGCACUAAUGUGCCUUUUCUGUGGUAUUUAUGACUAAAUUAAAAAAAAAAAUCUUUACCCAACAUAUAAUCUCAGGUCAUAAGAAUAUUUUCUUGAACACACGCACACACACUCUGUCUGUAAUCUUGUUGGAGGUGUGUGAGGAGUUGGCCUCGCUAAUUAGUGGCUUGCUGAGUGUUGUAAUUGGUUUGACAGGACUUUACUUUUAUGUUUGUUUCAGAUGUGUUUGCCUUUUCACAACAUGUUUGCCAGAGUAUGCAUAGAUAGACCAUCAAAUAAAUGGUUGCAGCGGGGUGAAAAUUGUAACUAUAUAUCCCAGGGGUAUAGGACAGACAAACACCUCCCUUAACAUGUCUAUCACUAUCAUUGCCAGAGCCAUCAAGGCAUUUAUACAACUUAUGUCUGCGGUGUUUAUCUGAAAUGAAGUGUUUUAUGAAAUUGAUCAGCUCCUAAAUUGUUUUGCAAAUUGCAAAAUCUCUCCAAAUAUUAGAGCAUGCGGACUAGUGAUGGCUACCUUGCAAGAGAAUAGUGAAGAGUUAUUGCAGUCUUGCCUCUUUAUUCACAAUAUUGUUUGUAUCACAAUACUGUAAGUAUCGUGUAUUGGAAAUUUGUUUAUCUUGUACAGGUGCUAAGAUUUCUAUAAUGAAACGCUCUAUUCAAUCCGCAACGCUGAAGAUCUGCUUCAUAGCGUGACUGACAAUUAAAGGCAAUGUUUUGAAA